GAGGAAUCGAUUCCGACCUGUCGUGGUGGAGGGCAAGGCAAGGCACCAUGGCUGCACGUGGAGCGACGUCUCUGUCCCUCAAAGCCGUGAAGAGCAUCUCCGUCCGCCUGUGUCCCUUCCAGGACAACGUGAGGUCCACCAGGGAAUUCCUCAUGCUGAUCGGCUCGGAUAAGGUGCGCGAUUCCAACGACAAAUGCAACAUCACAACCGAAGUACGGAACGACAAUUCCGAGCCGCAAGUGGACAUCACUUUCAAUGACGGAGACAAGCUUGUCAUGCGGGGAGCAUUUCUCACCUCCAAGGAGAUGUUCCAGGCUUUUAAGGAGAAUAGCAUUCAGAAGGACUCCAAAGACCCAACUUCCGCUUCUGGUGCCAAGCGAUGACCUUGCCCUGGAGAAUGCAUACACGCCACACUCAUGCUGCCCCCUUAGCCUCACAGACAGGAAUUGUAGUUCCUUACACUUGUAUCUCCCGCACCUCGGGUUAGCACGGUUGGUUACGUACUGUGCAAAAGAACUUCAACAUACAUAUGUACCUCUUUUCCACUGGCAUAUCUGAGGUAUGUCAGCAUGGGACCCUCAAGGUACGUGUGGUAUGCCACUGGCUAUUUUCUGAGCUGUGUUGGAACCAAACUGUGACAUACUUGCCUCGCAAUAUAUCUGAAUCUGGCCUAGCGCCAAGUAUGGUUAAUGACUCAUUUUUUGCGUGUGAAAUCAGUACAAUGUGCAGACACGGCAUCAUCUGCAUGCGACUUGUUCAUUGUGUGUGACUUAAAUGGCACAGCUCGGCUGCUUCAGUGGAAAAACAACCUGGCACUUCCUGAACCGUGCUGGGCAGGCUCGGUACUGCCCCAGCGUGGCUCGGUUAUACAGUGGAAAAGAGGUACUACUGAGGCUUUGUACCAGCCUCUGAGUUGUGUGUGAUUGCAAGACAUUUUCCAUGUCGCCCUUUUUAAGAUGCCCCCAACAGGGAGCUCGGCAUAAUUAUUUUUGCGUAUCAGCAAAAACAAUUAGGCAACGCCUUGUGAAAGGUAUGAUCAAAAUACAUAUUAAGUGAUGUGAAUUGGAAAGCGGACUUCCAUUGCUUUAAUAUUAAACGCGUUUUGUAUGUAAAACGUUACGGAGUAAUUUAAUUAAAAUAUCCUAAGAUUUUCUUCUGGUCUACAUGUAAAUAUAAUUGAGCCGGGCAUGGUGGUGUACACCUGCCAUCAAACACUUCGGAGGCAAUGGUGGAUCACUCUCGAACCCGCUGGGUUACGAUGAAAUUAGGUGAUGGCAGUACUGCAAGUGGAUUUAAUCAAUCUGUGUGGAGGUUUCUGUUUUAUCCCCUUAUAGGUGGGGUUUUCUUUCAGCACUGGUUUCCCUUCCACAUGUCUAACAUGCAAUAUUGGAAUUUUGCAAACAUCCCAAUGUAAGGGCCUCCUGAAAAUAGGUUUUCCUGGAUAAAUAAUGGACUUAAUGAUUUUUUUAUACCAUAAAUAAAAUUAUUAAUUGCAAUUCUGCUUCCAUUAAUCAAUUUGGUUCUGAAUUAUGUUGAACUCCACAUGAUGAUGAUUCUGUAUAGAUGCAAAAAGCAUGCAUAAUGUACUGUUUGUGCAGGCUGCCUUAUAUAAAUAAAGUUAAUACGAUAUGGUGAAGUCUGACACUACAUGUAUGUGUUGAACUUCAAGUGACUGUGUCCCCACAGGAGCGUUAAUAUCGCCAUGCUCCAUUCACUGCUGGAUCAUUGCCUCUACAUGUUGACUCUACCACUUACACUGUUCUCUGCACAUACCAUUUCAUCUACACUAGCAUAUGACUUGGUUAUCUUGUAAUUUUGUUUUUUCCCCCAUUUGCUUUCCUAAAAAAUAAUUUUGUCCAUCAAAAUUCCACAUUAAGACACCAAAACUAAAUCAAAACUUCAGUUAAUUAUUGAAUAUAAUACAAAGUAUAGCAUCAUUGGACCUCCUUUGCCAGUACCAAAAUAUAAUAGGAUUUUCCCCCUUUUUCUAGCAACAAAACUGAAACCUUUUUACUUACAAGGAUUCAUGUCUGCAUUAACCACAAUACCUGCAGUCACAUGCAAACAAAAAACACGAUGAUAAUAUAUGCAUUGUCCUUGAAACUGAUUGGUCCACACCAAGGGACGGCUUUUUUUUGAGCCUCGACCCAAUUGCUGCUCGACCAGAGAACGCAGAUAUGGGAUUAGUCACUACUUGUCCCAUAUCUGCAUUUGCCAUAAAUAUGCUAAAUUCCUCUGUUGAUAUGCAAAUUCAUUUGUCAAUGCGCCCUCCUCCUCUCACCCAGCUUAAAUAUACGCUGCCAAGCUUGGUGGUGUUCAUUCAGACGCCGUCUCUCGGACAGACCUGUUCAACACCUGAGGAUGGCUGCUUUGCGUUGUGGCCGAAACGUCGUGAGAAUUGUAUUUUAUUAUGUUUUAUUUUAUUAUUUCCCUUAUACGUGACUUUACCGAAAGAACCAAGAAGAUGAAUCCCUGCAGUCGCGAAAGCUUUAAAUCGACAAUAAACACUUGCCAUGGUUUUUAAACGGACCCCUCCUAGGAACUC